AUGGCUUCCUCGACCCGUCCUAAAGUCCUUCGUUGCGGUAAGACCGUUUACGCCCACGAUAAGUGGGAUGAACUUGCAACCAUGGCCGACAUCGUCGAGCUCGAGCUGAAGUCGAGAGACGAAUUUAUCAAGGAUUUAGACAAUGGCAAAUACGAUGGCGUCACCAACAUUACUCGUACGUUUAUGAGUAUCAAGCAAACGGGGAGAUUUGACGCUGAAUUGGUAAAGCAUUUCCCUGACUCGGUGAAGCUGGUGAGCCACUGUGGCGCUGGUUACGACCAGGUGGACCCGGAGCCAUUAACCGAACGAGGCAUUCAGCUCAGUAACGUCACUAAACCGGUGGAGGCGCCCACUGCUGAUACCGCCGUGUUUUUGACGUUGUCGUGUAUGCGCAAUUUUCAACAGGGCCACCAAGGAAUGGCCCAAUGGCCGCAAAAACCAUUUGGCGGCGCUCCUAUCGGGAGAUGCCCGCUGUCUAAAGUGGUGGGUAUCUUGGGAAUGGGAGGCAUUGGUCGGGCGAUUCGUGAUCGGUUGGCGCCGUUUGGCUUCAAACGGGUGAUCUACCAUAACCGGAACCGAGUGGCCCCUGAGCUUGAAGGCAACGCUGAAUACGUGCUGAAGGACCAAUUGCUCGCGGAAAGUGACGUGAUCAUGAUCAGUGUUCCUUUGAACAAACACACUCGCCACAUGGUGAAUAAGGAAAUGAUGGACAAGAUGAAACCGGGGGUGAUCUUGAUCAAUACUGCGAGAGGGGCAGUGAUUGAUGAAGCGGAAUUGAUCAACCAAUUGAAGCUGGGCAAGAUCGCUCUGUUUGGUAGUGAUGUGUUUGAGCAUGAGCCCGAAGUACCCCAAGAGCUCAUCGACAUGCCUCAAGUGAUGAGCUUACCACAUAUGGGGACUUGGUCGAUUGACGCGAUCAAGGCCAUGGAAGAGUGGACAGUGGACAACGUCAUCAGCUACAUCAAGACGGGUAAGGUCAAGACCAUUGUUCCUGAACAAGCCAACGAAAAGUGGUAG